AUGAAUAAAGCGCCCCGCUCGGCGCAAGUCACGGUCCGGGGACAAGAUACGGGCCUCGUCCUCGAACAUGGCAUCGUAAGUCUCAAAUCCGUCGCAUACAAUCUCGAGUGGGUCCACCUGCCCGUGGCGCUCAUCUUGGACGCGGCUGUCGACACGGGCGCGACGCGUCUCACGCUGCAGGCCUUGGCACCGAGCAGUCGCCCUGUGAGCGCUUCGGUGACGAGCUACCUCUGGCGAUCGUACCCCUACACGACGCACAUCGUCACAGAGGACGAGUGGCGCAAGCGCGAUUCGGCGGCACUCGACCGCACGAUGAGCGUGCUUGCGCUUCCGAUCGACUUUUCGUCGCACGCCGAGGCGGUGCAAUGGCGCGACGCCUUGCUCCAGGCCGCGUACCCGAAGAGCAAGCCCUACCGCAAGCUGCUGGCUGUCAGAGGAAAAAAGACGCUCGAAGAAGCCGUUCUCCCCACGCUCCACGCCGCGGGAUGCACGGUCGAGGUGCUGAUGCUCGAGCGCCGGUACGACGCGAUUGACCGUCUAUUGACGCUCGACCUCUCGCCGUACGAUGCCUUGGUCAUAAUCGGCGGAGACGGCACGAUGCACGAAAUCGUCAACGGCCUUGCAGGCCGCAAGGAUGCCGAGGAGGCGCUGCAUCUGCCGAUCGUGCCCAUUCCCUCCGGCAGCGGCAACGCGGUAUACGUCAACACACACGGCGCCGGGCUCGGAUUCCAGGCGCCGCUUGCAUGCCUCUCUGCCAUCAAGGGGCAGAUGCACGAGCAGGAGCUGAGCGUCGUGACGCAGGAAUCCUCGCUCUUUCGCAACGGCAUCCCCUACCCCUUGGUGUACAAGGACGAGCACGGGGAGUAUGUGCAGUACUAUUCUUUCCUUUCGCAUGCGAUUGGUAUCAUGGCCGAAGUCGACGUCGGGACCGAGGCGUUUCGGUUCAUGGGCGACUUGCGUUUUGUGCUCGGCUACAUAUUUGGCGUACUGCUCAACCGGCGGUGCGACGUCGAUGUAGACGUCGUGCUCGGCCCGCGCGGCCUCCUCGAUCGCCGCACGAUGCGCGAGCCCCAGUCGCAUCUCCGCCGUACGCAAGACACGCGUCAUUUGGCGUACGGCUCGGUGCUUGCGCCGCUGCGCCGGCACACGGCGACGGUGCCGAUGCACCCUGGCCAUGCCAUGCCCGACGUCGUGGAGUACGAAAGGGCGCCGCGCGACGCACCGUGGCAGGCCAUCGAUGCGCCGGUAUCGAGUCUCUAUGGCGGCAAGAUGCCGUACGUCGCGCGCUCGUUUAUGGCUUUCCCGUAUGCCUCGCCCCGCGACGGCGUGCUUGACGUGCUGCUGCACAACCAGGACAGCACGGUGAUGGACAAGCUCGCUACCGUCCAGCUCGGCGAGACGGGCGACCACGUCUUUGAAAAAAGUGUGCAUUACUUCAAGGCCGAGGCGCUGCGCGUGACGCCGCACGACGUGGACCACGCCAACACGCACUACCUAAGCAUUGACGGCGAAAUGCUGCCGUACGGCCCCUUCCAGGUCGAGGUCGCGCCGCUGUGCAUCCGCCUCUUGUCCUUGUCCGACGAGGACUGGCAGGCGCCAAUUCUCGGGCGCCCGGCCGUCGCACCGCACCGCGAAAGAGAACCAUAG